AUGAAGUCGAGAAAUCAGCUGAACGAAAGGUUAAGAAAGCCAUGCAUUCUUGAAACUGAUCCUAUGCAACUCCUAAUAUUAAUAAAAAGAAGGCAACCAAAAUCAUCGAUGAUAAAGUAGAUAAUCUCAGGAGAUAGAGGAAGUCCAAGGUAGAAAAAAAGUUUAGAUAAAUUCAAGACUAUUAAUAGAGAAGCAUAGAGGAUUUUACAAUAGUAAAAGUUAGAUUUAGCUAAAUAAAGAAAAGAGAGUUUUCAGGAAAUUAUCAAGAUGAAUGAGUAAUCCUUAGACUAAGUUCCUAAUAGUAUAGCUAAUUCUGGUAUCAAGGAUAAACUAAUAAAAGUAAGAAAGAACAUCAUGAGUAGAAUUAUAACUAAUGAAAUUCAUGAGAAGACCUUAUCUGAGUGGAAACUUCCUGAACUUAAGAGAAUGGCUACUAGAAAUCUAGAAAAAGACUAGGAAAUUAGAAUAAAUUGA